AUGUUAAGAUAAAAAGAAACAGAAGAUUCUUUUGAUUAUCAUUUUGAUACUCCCUAUCGUUAGAAUAUUUUUUCAUAAAUCCCUCCAAAUGGAAUAUAUAGUCCAUCUCUAUUUAUUCAAUCUAGUCUAAAAUCAAAAUCUAUUUUUCAGAAAAAAAGCGCCUAAAAAUAUCCAAACAACUCUACAAAACAUGCAAAAAUUAAUAAAGGUUAUGUACACGAUUUUGAUGAAUAGAUGCAAAUUUAAUAGUGUAGUUUCAACAAAAAUAACAAUUAAAGUAAGUCUAUUCAUACUUCACUAUGUUCAUUAUUUAGAGAGGUAUUUUAUAAUAUAAUUGUAAAAGAAUAAUAUUGAAGUUAAAUAGGAGGAAGUUAAAUAAGAUAGUUCUUUAAUUUAAUAUUUGGAGACCAUUUAAUAACAAAUUUAGCAAUUAGAGACUAGUGUUGAUUCUUUGGAGAGAAAAAUAAAUGUAAACAAGGAAAAGCCUGAGAAACCAAUAUAAUAAUAGAAUGAUCAUUAGUUAGUUUACAUCAAUUAGAAUAUAUCAGGAUUGGUGGGAAGAUUAUAAGACAUACUAAUGCAAAAAAAUUUAUUAUAAGUACAAGCUUAAUCAAAUCCUGAAUUAGAAGAGAAAUAAACUAUUUAUACUUUUAACAAGAAUUUAAAUAAAUUUUCAAAAGAGUAUAAGUGUAGAUUUUGUAAUUGUAAAUUUGUUAAAGCUUGUUCUUUAGGGUAUUGAUAUAAAUAUGAGUAUUUUAGAGGUCAUAUUUCAAGAACUCAUUAGAAGGAAUCAAAAUUAUUGAGAUAAAAUAUUCCUAUAAAGAAAAAUAAGCAUAUAAAGAAGGAAAAAAAUUAAAUGUUAAAGAUGAAAUGA